AUGGCUGAUGAGCAAAAGAGCAAAGCAUGGCCACUGGCAGAUGCAACGCUUACGAACCAGAUUCUUGACCUCGUUCAACAAGCUUCUCAGUACAAGCAGCUCAAGAAAGGUGCAAAUGAAGCUACGAAGACUUUGAACCGUGGUAUCGCCGAGUUCAUCGUGUUGACUGCAGACACAGAACCCAUCGAGAUUCUAUUGCACUUGCCCCUUCUAUGUGAGGACAAGAAUGUCCCAUAUGUGUAUGUGCCCUCGAAGGCCGCGUUGGGCCGUGCCUGCAAUGUAACGAGGCCUGUUAUCGCCGCAAGUGUAACGACAAACGAAUCAAACGAGUUAAAUAGUCAGAUUCGAACUAUCAAGUCUGCUAUCGAGAAGCUCAUGAUCUAA